CUCGGAGAAAGAAACCGAGAACGAGAGCUGAAAACAAUGGCGGUUUCAACUGUAUACACCGCCCAAUCUGUCAACUCAACGCGUUCAAUCUCCAAACCAGCGAAAACCUAUUUGGGUUUCCACCAAAAGCAAGUGGUUUUCUACAGGAGAACCGGCAAGAUAGGCAGCAGCAGCAGCGGUUCAUGUGUGAUAGCAUGCAGAGCUGGUGAUUCACAUACUGUGGUGAUUGGGUUGGCUGCAGACUCGGGAUGCGGGAAGAGUACCUUCAUGAGGAGGCUAACGAGCGUGUUUGGUGGCGCGGCUGAGCCACCAAAGGGAGGCAACCCUGACUCGAACACACUCAUUAGCGACAUGACCACUGUGAUAUGCUUAGAUGAUUAUCAUUCGCUCGACAGAACUGGGAGGAAGGAGAAGGGAGUCACUGCACUUGACCCAAGAGCCAACGACUUUGACCUCAUGUAUGAGCAAGUUAAAGCUCUCAAGAAAGGAGUUGCUGUCGACAAGCCUAUCUACAACCAUGUUACAGGUCUCUUGGAUCCUCCUGAGCUUAUUAAACCUCCUAAGAUCCUUGUGAUCGAAGGACUGCACCCCAUGUACGAUGAGCGUGUGAGGGAUCUCUUGGACUUCAGUAUCUAUUUGGACAUCAGCAGUGAGGUCAAAUUUGCAUGGAAAAUACAGAGGGACAUGGCUGAGAGGGGACACAGCCUUGAAAGCAUUAAAGCCAGUAUUGAAGCCAGGAAACCCGAUUUCGAUGCAUAUAUCGAUCCUCAGAAGCAAUAUGCUGAUGCAGUGAUCGAAGUGCUUCCGACUCAGCUCAUUCCAGACGACAAUGAAGGGAAGGUUUUGAGAGUGAGGUUGAUCAUGAAAGAAGGGGUGGAGCAUUUCAGUCCAGUUUACCUCUUUGAUGAAGGCUCAACCAUCUCAUGGAUACCGUGCGGAAGGAAGCUCACUUGCUCUUACCCUGGCAUCAAAUUCCACUAUGGCCCUGACUCGUACUUCGGCAACGAGGUUUCCAUUCUGGAGAUGGACGGCCAAUUUGACAGAUUAGAUGAGCUUAUUUAUAUUGAAAGCCAUUUGAGCAACCUCUCUACCAAGUUCUAUGGAGAAGUCACCCAGCAAAUGUUGAAGCAUGCUGAUUUCCCGGGAAGUAACAAUGGAACCGGCCUCUUCCAAACUAUUGUCGGAUUGAAGAUAAGAGAUCUCUACGAGCAAAUUACCUCCAGCGAAACUGCAGCUCCCCGGGAAGCAACAAAAGCCUAAGAUUAUUAGAGAUUCCUCAUACAUUGGUCUAGACCUUGUGUUCGAAACAAAUUAUCCUCUUUCAAGUUUCAUUCGAGUGUUGGGCUGUUGUUUCUAUCAUAAGAACUGAGUAUGAUCCUAUGUAUUUACUUUCUGUUGUAAUGCAGUGGAGAUCUGUGAUAUAGAGAAACAAAACCAGAGUUCGAUUUC